AUGAAAGAGCACUUUCUUAAUGUUCCUGGCUUGUUACCAGUUCUUGCUACUGACAUCCCAAAGCCUUUUCUUGAGCGGGACAAUAAGGCCUAUCAAUACUUCCUUGAUUUUGCCACUCAAGUCCCUCAAGCAGCUGGGAUUAUGAUAAACACAUUUGAAUUCCUCGAGUCCAAAGUUGUAAGGGCAACAUCAGAUGGGCUCUGUGUGCCUGAUAACCCCAUGCCACCGAUUUAUUGCAUAGGUCCCUUGAUUGUAGCUGCUGAUGAAAGAGGUGGUAGCAGCAAGACCAGUCCUGAAGAUGCACAUAAGUGUAUUACUUGGCUUGAUUCCCAACCAAACCAAAGCGUUGUGUUUCUUUGUUUUGGUAGCUUAGAGCCAUUCACCAAGGAGCAGUUGAGGGAGAUAGCUAUUGGGUUGGAAAAAAGUGGUCAAAGGUUCUUGUGGGUGGUUCGGGAUCCACCUUCUCAUAAUCUAAGUGUAUCCAUCAAACCAAAUGGAUACCCUGAUUUGGAUUCUUUGCUUCCUGAUGGAUUCUUGGAACGAACUAAAGAGAGGGGACUAGUGGUGAAAUUAUGGGCUCCACAAGUGGAAAUCUUGAACCACAGUUCAGUAGGUGGAUUUGUGACUCACUGCGGGUGGAAUUCUACACUUGAAGCAGUGUGUGCUGGUGUGCCAUUGGUGGCUUGGCCAUUGUAUGCAGAGCAACCGCUGAAUAGGGCAGUGCUAGUGGACGGAAUGAAGCUUGCUUUGUCAAUGAACGAGUCUGAAGAUGGAUUUGUAAGUGCUGAUGAGGUGGAGAAGAAUCUUAGAGGAUUGAUGGUGUCUGAUGAAGGUAUAUUGAUUAGGGAGAGAGCACUUACUAUGAAAAAUGCAGCCAAGGCUGCAAUGAUUGAAGGUGGUUCUUCUCAUGUGGCACUGUCCAAGCUUGUUGAGUCAUGGAACUAA